AUGAAGCUGUCUACAGCCAUGGCCUGCCUCUCCCUGGCCCUGGCCCUCAUCUUUGGCGCAGGGUCCGCCUUGCCCGAGCCCCAGGCAGCCCAGCUGGCCACAGACUUUGGCGUGAAGGUGUUUCAGCAGGUCGUGGAAGCCUCCAGGGACCACAACGUGGUGUUCUCACCCUAUGGGGUGACCUCCGUCCUGGCCAUGCUGCAGCUGGCCACAGGAGGAGACACGCGACGGCAGCUCCAAGCAGCCAUGCAGUUCAAGAUUGAGGACAAGGGCACAGCCCCUGCCCUGCGCAAGCUGAACAAGGAGCUCAUGGGGCCCUGGAACAAGGACGAGAUCAGCACCACCGAUGCCAUCUUCAUCCAGCGGGACCUGCCGCUCCUCCAGGGCUUCAUGCCUCACUUCUUCCGGCUGUUCCGCAGCACGAUCAAGCAGGUGAACUUCACGGAGGCGGAGAGAGCAAGGGCCAUCAUCAACGACUAUGUGAAGAAGCACACAAGAGGCAUGAUCAGUGACUUACUUGGCAAAGGGGCCGUGGACCAGCUGACGCGCCUGGUACUGCUGAAUGCCCUCUACUUUAAUGGCCAGUGGAAGAUGCCCUUCCCAGCCUCACGCACCCACCACCGCCUCUUCCACAAGUCCGACGGCAGCACUGUCUCUGUGGCCAUGAUGGCCCAGACCAACAAGUUCAACUACACUGAGUUUGCCACCCCGGAUGGCCAUUACUAUGACAUCCUGGAAUUGCCCUACCACGGAGACACAAUAAGCAUGUUUGUGGCGGCGCCCUACGAAAAGGAGGUCCCUCUCUCUGCCCUCACCAACAUCCUGGACGCUCAGCUCAUCUCCCAGUGGAAGGGAAAUAUGACCCGCCUGCUUCGCCUGCUGGUUCUGCCCAAAUUCUCCCUGGAGACUGAGCUGGAUCUCAGGAAGCCCCUGGAGAACUUAGGGAUGACCGACAUGUUCAGACCAGACCGGGCCGAUUUCACCAGCCUCUCAGAUGAAGAGCAUCUCCACGUGUCGCAGGCCCUGCAGAAGGUGAAGAUUGAGGUGAACGAGAGUGGCACGGUGGCAUCCUCAUCCACAGCCGUUGUGGCCUCCGGCCGGAUGGUCCCCAUGGAGAUCAUCAUGGACAGACCCUUCCUCUUUGUGGUGCGGCACAAUCCCACAAGAACAGUCCUCUUCAUGGGUCAAGUGAUGGAACCUUGACCCCCUGGGGACAGAAACUCCCGCCUGGGACAGAACUGGAAAUGUAGCCAGAAAGAAGGAAAUCUGGGAAAAAGAAGAAGAAGGAAUGUUUUAAGUCCUCUUUCUGGGAGAAAGAGAAGACAGUUUCUUUCCUCUUAUUUUUUUUUUCUAAUUUAAAUGUUUGCUAUGAAUCUUUCCAAUCAGCCUCCUAGACCUCAGCCCCACGAGGGUCUAUCUAACCCAAGCGUGGGAAAGACGCAGGACCGAACUCCUUGUGGAGAUGGUGGGCAAGAACUCUGACGCCUAAUCCUUGGCCAUCUCCCACGCAGACUCUCGGCACUCCCGGGCCCCCAGGCUCAGCUUUUCCUGUGCAUCUUCCAGCCCCGUGCAGCAUUUCAGACCUGCUUCCCGCUGGGCCGUGGGCAGGAGGGAACCACGGGCCUAGCGCAGCUUUUAGGAGCUCAGAGGAACGAUCUGUGUUCCAGUCACGUUGCCUCCCGUCUGCCCCUGCAGAGGAGGCUGGCACCAGGCCAGCGAAGGCCAACGGGAGAAACACCCUUUCAUCUCACGGUCCAGCCUGACCUGGGAGGUGCUGGAGGGCCGCAGAGCAGGGCCCACUCAGCAUCCUGAUCCCUGGCCUGGCCAUCUCCGCGCCCCCCCCCUGCCCCCCAGGGGAAGAGUGCUAUGCAGGUGAUUGUUGAGUGUAGGUGACUUGUUUACACAUCAAAGCAGCUCGCUGCUUCCCACAAACCUCCUUUGGCAAAACUACACCAUGAGAAAGGUUAGCUGUAUGCCCCAGCUCUUUGUCUCCCAUCUCUGGUGCAGAGGAUGGGGUGCCUGCAUUUGUGCUUGAAUAUUUAUCACCUCCCCCCUGUGUGCCUGUGUGUGAGAGAGAGAGCUCUAUGAAGACAAAUGUAGUGUUUAAACUCACUCCCACGACGUAGCUCUCAGUGGCCUGAGAAGCCAGAAAAGGUUAUCUAUCACUGAGUCCCAAGCCCAGAGGUCUAUCUUUAUGGAAACAAAUGCCUGUGGCCGAAUGGUUUCUCAGCUGGCGAGGGAGACUGCGAAGGUCAGACAGACGCUGCUCGUGGGUGCCCCUUCUCCAGGGGCGCCCAGGGCACCCGCCACCUGCACCCUGUAACCCCUCCACACACCCUGCUCAGGAGGCUUGGCAGCCAUGCCCUCCGGAAGCCAGGUGUGAUGGCGGGGCCGACACUGCCACCUUGUGGCCGCCCGAAGCCCCUCUGCUCUCCCUUCCACCCCCCUCUUGCCAGUCCUUCCGGCCAGGUUCCUGUCCAGAGGGUCCAACUUCCGCCCACUUUAAAAUGACCCAAGGGGUAGGAAAGGUGAGCGAGGCUUGAGCGAGAACAGUGCGGUUCCGAAAUUUUCCAAUCGAUUCAGGAACAGAAGAGCAAAGGGCAGCACGACCUACCAGGACAGAACUUUCCCCAAUUACAGGGUGACUCACAGUCGCAUUGGUGACUCACCGCAAUGUGCCAUUUCCGGCUGCUGUGUGUGAGGAGUGGACCCUUGAGGAGAGAGAGAGAGAGAGAGAGAGAGCUUGGGCUCAACUACUGUUAGACCAUCUUUUUUGAAAGCCUGUGAGCUGGAGGGUAGGGCCACGAGAUGCAUGCAUCUGCUGAAGAAUUGCACUGCCACGUGAAAGGCACGCGCACCCGAAGAAGCCCGAUCCUACAGCGACAAGUUCUCAGUGGGCUUUGUGUUGUUUUUGUUGUUUUAAAGGUUGUUUCCCCCCCCCCCCAUUAUACACUGGAGAGCGACAGCCACACACAGUCCCUGGGGGUGGGGUGUCCAACAUGAUUGAACCUGUGUUUAGUGAUGCUUGUUUAAUUUUGAUACAUAAAGAAAUAUUUAAAAAGGCAAAAAAAAAAUCA